AUGUCAUCAAAAGCCGGAUUUGAUGAAUCGUGCGCACCCAAGCAUUGUGCUGAUCGCCAGCGGCCGAAUUUCCCGAAACCGUUUAUUACGGUUCACGGUAUUGCUCGGGCACCAUUGAAUCCGGGAGACUUCGCAAGUUUGCACAUUCGUACGUACAACUUGCGACCGGAGUGGUUUGAAGGAUUCCAAUUAAAUGUGUCCAAAUCAUUGGCACUCCAUCAAACGGUGCGGGCUAGCUGGAAUCUUAGUCAUAUAACACCUACGGGCUUUCGCAUCGGAGUGCAAUUGCAGCGCCGGUGCAAUGACCAUGUGCUGAAAACCCCUCUGGUCGCCUUCGAUGUCAAUCCGAGCACGUUGGCAUCGAAUAUGUUUCUGCUGUAUCGCCCGUUUGCGUCCAUUUGCGGCGAGAUAAGUGCCCAACUGCAGCCGCAAGCCCAAUCGGUGCCGGUGAUUGAUAGGCUCUCGUUGCAACAUAUGGGCAGCAGCACAACCACCACGUUAAGAUGUUACAAUCCAACCCGGGAGUCCUGCCGGAUGACGCUGGACCACUUGAUGAGCUACAACGAUAGACUCGCCUUCGGAGCGGAGCUGCUGUACGAGUGGUAUCGAAAUACGACCAACGCCCAGAUUGCGCUGGCCGCAAGAUACAGUCUAGAGAAGUAUUGUAUAGCGGCCACCGGCUCGUUAGAAGCUUUUGACUUAAGCUACUGGCGCAAAGUAAACGAUAGGCUUCAAAUUGGAUCAUCGUUUGCUUGCAGUCACCGGGAAGGUAAAGCCAUCGGAACCAUCUACUAUCGCAUAGAGCGACCUGACUGUACGGUAAGAGGUUUAUUCGAUUCGGAUUGGUCGGUCGGAUUCACUUAUCAAAGAAAGCUGUCGCAGAUGCCUAUUAAUGCCGGUCUCAGUCUAUUAUUCUGCAUCCCAAAAAACACAUUUCAAUGCGGCUUCCGAAUUGAUUUGGACUCUAAUUUGCAAUAAUCGAAUGAGGAUAUCUCAGUAAGCGUCGGUUGGCUCUGCUAAAUCGGAUUAUUCGAACGUCAGAAUCAGGAUGCAGCUGACAAAAGGAUAGUGAAACGUGCGUUUGCUGAUGAAAAUCAUGUCGCUUUGUUAUCAUCAAGUAGAAAAAAGUAGCAUUGCCGCUGAAGUUGCUGGACUGUAAGACUAGAGGAUCAUGAAAUUUAAAAUUUAUUUUAUCGAAAAUCGAAUUUGUCAUACCCUAACUCAUUCACUGUGAUACUUUUAUUAGAAAGUCGACCUAAUUGUUACUGAGUUUCUAUGAAAUUUGUGCGUGUAAUUCUCCAAAAUAAAUUUAAAAUGC